CCUUUUCCGACCCUCUCUGAUUGAAAUCAUUCCACUACGUCAGGUCGUCCGGUCCGCUCGGAGAAGAUGUCUGCGACGGGUUCAGGCGGACCAGGACCCGGACCAGGACCCGCCUCGGGCUCCGGGUCCGGGGCCUCCAACCCCCGAAAGUUCAGCGAGAAGAUCGCCUUGCACACCCAGAGGCAGGCCGAGGAGACGGCCGCCUUCCAGGAGGUUAUGAUGGACAUCACUUCGACCAGGAACCUGUCGUUGUCCCGGCAGCUGCAGGCCCAGAAGUUACGCCUGGCCCGGAACCAGGGGCCGUACUACGGUGGUUCCUUACCCAACGUCAACCAGAUCGGCCGCAACCCGCAGGACUUCCAGGGCUCGUUCCAGUCCGGCCUGGAGUCCAGCCGCUCCACCCGCCACCACGGCCUGGUGGAGCGGGUCCAGAGGGACCGCCGCUUCGUCUCGCCGGUCCGACCGUAUCGGAACCGCCAAGUGGAAAACUCUCUGUACAGCACCGCCUACCUGUCCCCGCCCCCCGACGCCAGCUGGAGAAGGAACUGGUCUGGAAACUUCCCUGGAGAUAAAAGCCAGUUGUUCCGUCUUCCCACCACAGCGCUCAACAGGACCAAUUCUGACUCCGCCCUCCACACCAGCGUCAUGAACCCCCCCAUGGGAGACUUCAGCAUGGCAGGACCCGCCCUGACCCCCCAGGGAGCCGGACGCAGCGGGCCGAGCGACACAGAGAACAGGAGAAUGUUCCCCUAUCCGGUUCCUCCCAUUGAGGAAAAUGUUUUGGACGAAGACAAACUGCUCAAAGCCUGGGACGCCAAGAAGCUGUCUCUGCCGUCGUCUCGACCAAAGUCCUGUGAGGUUCCAGGCAUCAACAUCUUCACGUCCCCGGAGCAGCCGUCCACGCCGGUCCAAGGCGUCCCUCAGGUCCCCAACACCGGCGGCUCGCUGCCCGACCUGUCCAGCCUCCACUUCCCGUCGCCGCUGCCCACGCCGCUGGACCAGGACGAGCCCGGUUACCCAGCAUCCUCUGCUCUGAGCGGGGGCAGCAGCACUGGAAACCUGGCCUCCACCCUCACCCAGAUGGGGAUCAACACCGCCGGAGGAAACGGCAGCUACCACCAGCCAGCACCAGGUCUCCUGGCGUCUCUACAGAGCACGCUCAGUAACCCCAACCUGCAGUCGUCGCUAAGCAACCCCAACAUCCAGUCGUCCCUCAGCAGCCACUCCUUCUCCAACUCUCUGAGCUCCGCCUCCCUCCACUCGUCGCUAAGCAACCCGUCUCUGCAGUCGUCGCUCAGCUCCUCUCCCUCCCUGCCGUCCUCCCUCAGCAGCCAAUCGCUGCACUCGUCCCUCAGUAACUCCUCCCUCCAGUCCGGCGGCUACGGCGGUGGAGGGGGCGUGGCCGGAUCUGGCUCCUCCCCCUACUCGGCGAUGCUGACCGGGCAGGGCCAGGUGUCCCUCAGCACGUCGCCGCGGAGACGGGCCCAGCUGUCGCCGCUCAUCCUGCCGAUGGCGGGGGAGUCAUGGAGGAUCCACCCCAAACAGUUCUCCCCCACCAUGUCCCCCACCCUGUCCUCCAUCUCCCAGGGCGUCCCGUUGGACACCAGCCGGCUGCCGGCGGACCAGCGCCUCCCUCCGUACCCGCUCAGCCAGCCGGGCCAGCAGAACCCGUCUCUGGGUCAGAACCAGCAGAUGCUCCGCCUCCAGCAGCCCAGAACCAAUCAGCAGCAGCUGCACCUGCAAAACCUCCGGAACCAGCACCUGCAGCAGUUUGGACCGUCGCAGAGGCCCAUGGGACCGCAGCAGAACCCGCCCGUCAAGUCAGAGAGCGCUUUGGACCCGUGCAGCCAGACGUCCUCCCAGUACCGGUCCAAACCGGACCAGAACCAGCAGGCAGAGCAGCAGCACAUCAACCUGAACACAGACUUCUACAACGACGCACUGUUCAGUUCGCUGCUGGACGAUCCGUACCUCAGCCUGCAGCUGUCCGGAAAAUCACACCAGUUCCCGGCUGAGAGUCCGGUUGACGGCCUGAACCACAGCGGACCGGGUCAGAACCAGUUCCCGUCCAACAGCCAGGGGGCGCUGGAGCUGCAGCAGCCCGGCGACCCGCAGCGGCUCAACCACCAGAACCAGAACCGGAACUACAGCGGUGGAGACGGCCGCCAGAACGUCCCCAACAUCAUCCUCACAGGAGACUCUCCCCCCGGUCUGUCCAAGGAGAUCACCAGCGCUCUGUCCCACGUCCCCGGCUUCGAGAUGGACGCCUUCUCUCUGGACGAGCCGCUGCGCAUCGACCCGCUGGCGCUGGACCUGCUGGAGGGCGAGCUGAUGCUGGCCGACCCGGCCGUGGAGGACUCCUUCCGCUCCGACCGCCUCAAAUAACCGGGCCGCACCGGGUCCAGACGCUCAUCCCUCCACGUGGAGGGUUAGACUGAAGACCUGAGGUCAGAGGUCACGAUAGAUUUAUUUUACCUGGAAACUCUCUGGGUUCUGGUUCUGGUCCAUCUGGGCCCAAGAUGCAGAAAAGGAAAUGUAAAAAAAAAAAAAAACCAGCUGCGCUGUGAGGAUCUUUGUUACACGGAAGCAGAACCAGGACCAGGACCAGAACCGGUACUGCUCUGUCAGAUGCGCAGUGGGUCAGUGAGUCACUCAGAGAACCACUUCAGACCCGAUCCGGUCCGCCUGCAGAACCUUUCCUACUUCGUUACUCCAGAGGAGAUCCUGAACCUGGUAAAACCAGGAAGCAGAACCGGAACCACCCGGUCCAUAUGUCUGUGGUUCUGGACCCACUGGACCCAGAUUUUCUGAAGCAGACCUUGAAUGCACCACAGUUCCACUGAAGCCGCCAAAGUCCAAAGAAAAGCCCAGAACACUCGGUCCACCUGGACGGGAAGACCGGAUCAGAACCAGUUCACUCAGGGGGAUCUGGUCCUGAAAAAUAUCAGCCCAGUUCAUGUAAUCAGAAUCUCUGUGGUCCUCUAGAACCCAGCAGGUCCAAAGCUGCAUGACCCGGGAGAACAAACGCCUCCGGAACCGGACCGGGUCUGGACUGGAACGGGUCUGGACCGGACCGGGUCGGAACCGGACCGGGUCUGGACUGGACCGGGUCGGAACUGGACCGUGUCUGCUGCCUCCAGCAGCCCCUCCUCUCUGAUCUGGGUCUGGGUCCAACCAGAACCAGAAAAGCCCUGAAAUGAUUUUUACAGAAAGAUGAAAAAUAGAUUUUUGCACUUUGAAGGACAAAAGUAAAAAUAUUUUAAAUGUUUAUAUUUUAAUUUUUGCCCGAAGUCAAGAUGUCUCCUGAUUGGUGGGAUGAGCCCUUUAGCCCCGCCCACUCACUGUGAUGGACAGCGCUUAGCCACGCCCCCUGCCUGCUGCUGCGUCCGUUUUUCAGCCAUAUUUUUUCUGUAACAUGUAAAUAAGUUUGUAUUUUAUUAAGAUUUGAAAUGUGUACAAAGUUUCUAAUAUGAGAGUCUAAUAAACUCUGCAGUCGUGUUCUUCUGUCCAA